GCCGGCGAGGUGUGACGGCGGCUGCGCGGACAGGGGCUCGGUUGGUGUCGCGUCGCUGUUUAUUUUGAAACGUCCUCCGGCGGGUGGCGUGUUCUCGGGCAGCGGUGUUGGCUUGGCUCAGCGGCGGGGAAGGCCUUGGCAGAAGCCUUUGGAGCAAAUGAAAUGAAUUGUGGUCGCUGUUAUGAAGAAAACCCAGCAGUUAAUUUGUGUAUGAGUACAUCCAUUUCCGGACUCGAUGUCCUUGGUGAUUCGGAUCUUUCUCACAACACUUUGUCUCUGCAGACACCAUGCGCCCAGUAACUAAAGACUGAGAAGUUGUGAUUCCAAAGGGAGUUGUGGGAAUGGCUGGACACUUCCGCAGCUAUGUUUGGGAUCCCAUUCUCAUUGUGUCUCAGAUUAUCCUAAUGCAGUGCAUCUACUACAGCUUCCUGGGCAUCUGGUUGGCUGUGGUGGACAGCCUGGUACAGAACAGUCGAUCACUUGAUCAAAUAUUUAGUUAUGAGGUGUUGGGGUUUUCCACGGGUCAGGGGAGACUUUCAAUGAUGGCCUUUGUCCUCAAUUCACUCACAUGCGCACUUGGUUUGUGGUAUUUUAUCCGGAGGGGAAAGCAGUGUUUGGAUUUCACCGUGACUGUCCAUAUCUUCCACUUUAUGGGCUGUUGGAUCUACAAUUGGCACUUUCCCACAGCACUGACCUGGUGGCUGGUGAACAUUGUGUGCAUUGCCCUGAUGGCAGUGAUAGGUGAGUACCUGUGUAUGCGGACAGAGCUGAGAGCCAUUCCUGUCAACGCUGGGCCCAAAUCUAACCUGUGAGCACAGCUUCUCCGAUGUGUCUAGUCACGACUGAAACUGCUGCAGCAACCAGUGUUAAAACAGAUUGUGACAACUUCUAUCUCAAUGUUAACAAGACUUGGUGCACAUGUGUUUUUGUCGCCGUAUAUAACCCUUCUGGACAAAGGAGUCCUUUGUUUUUAUCAAGCCUUUCUACGCAUGGAACUUUCUGGAUUUCGGUGGAUGGAGUUGGUGUUUGGUGACGGAGAUCACAAGCAGGAGAUGUAUGCAGUUGUAUAAACCAAUCUAGAUGUGGAUUCACUAGGAUUUCCUUCCAGUCAGAUUUACUGAGUCUGUUGUGCUGCUUUUACUUAAGAGACUGACCGUGAGAACCCCACAUACUGGAUUGUUCCAACAUUUUUCUCUGAUUUGUCUUUGCCUGAUCUAAAUUCCCUUUUACGUUUGACUUUGAACUUGUGUACAGACUAAUUAUCUGCAAACUAGAAACCUGUGUCUCAAAUAACCAUUCAAUAAGGAGUGCUGACUCUGUCAUCAACUGACCCCUGGAAUCUAUUGUAACACUGGAUGUGUCUGGCAUUGCGUAGAUAAGCAGAAAAUUAAGUACAUCUUGUUUUGAUAUUGAGAUGUUGUCUCCUAAUUAGUGUAAAAUGGUUUUAGUUAACUGGUAAAGGCACUUUGAAAGGCUGGUCCUGGAUCUGAGGACUGAUACCUAUGCACAGUCCAGACUCUAGUGCCAUGUUUAAUUAACAUGGUAUGCAGCUUGAUCUCUAUUUUGUUUAAAAGACAAUGAGGAAUAAAUCUAUUGCAGUGCUUAAAUAUAAACUUUUUAGUUCUUGGUUCCAAUCACUUCUUGCAAAAAUAGUGGGCUCUGACUACAUCUGCCACCAUCUGAUUACCACAUCCUACAUGGUGAUUCUUGCUAGGGUUUGGUCACCAGUCGGGUUCAUGAUGGAAAUUUGGGCAAUGAUGUUGAAGAGCUGUUCAGGGGAUCUUCUACCUGAUUAAUGAUGCAUCUCAUUUCAUUAAAUAUGAGUAAUUAUUCCCUAAAUCAAAGAAAUAGGAACAUUAUAAAAAAGGCCCUUCUGUUUAUGCUGUAUCUAGAUUUGAUCACUGCCUCCAACAGUCUUCAUAAUAUUUGAGAAAUGGGCUCUUGCUUCUGUUGUGUGAAACAGAGACAUUCACUGCUAUGUUACUGCCUGUCAGGACUUUCCACAUAAUGAGUUGCACCUUGGGGGGGUGGGGCGUAGUCAUUUUAAUAUCAGUGAAAUUAACAGGCAUGAAAAUCGUAGACUCUGAAAUGUGAUGUAAGGAAAUUGUGUUAUGGGGCAUGUGAAAUGUAAAUAAUAAAUCAACUGAAAAAAUUAGGACCCCCAAUAGUAUCAAAAGAAAAAUAUAUAAUUUGAAAAAUGGAAUGAGAAAAGACCAUUCAUAUCCCCAAAGUUCAAAGUAAAUUUAUUAAAGUCUGUACAUGUUACCAUAUACUACCUUGAGAUUCAUUUUCUUUUGGGCAUUAACAGAAAAUGAAAUACCUAAACAGACAAACACUGACAAACAACUGAUGUGCAAAAGAAGACAAACUGUGAAAAUAAAAACAAUACUGAGACCAUGAGCUGUAAAGAGUCCUUGAAAGUGAGUCUGUAGGUCAUAGAAUCAGUUCAGAGUAGUAAUGAUUGAAGCCUGAUAGUUAUACGAUGACUUCCUGAAACUCUGUGUGUAGUAAUGAUUGAAGCCUGAUAGUUAUACGAUGACUUUCUGAAACUCUGUGUGUGUCCUAAGGCUUAUAUCCUUCCUGCCUGAUAGUAGCUUCUUCCAUCAUUCCAUCAUAUCAUCGCUAAUCUCUGCCUCAAUAUUUACAACUUCCGUUAGUCAUUUCCAGUAGAAGCUUGGAGGUAAGUUUCAGCUAACCCAGCACAGCCAAUAUUUGUGUUCCAGGUUCUUCCUCCUUCCUUUUUGUGUUAUAAAACCAAAAAAAGGUUUCCAGGUUUAAAUGCUAAUAGAGUUUAAUUUUGAUUGUUUCCUCAGUUCUAGAUGCCCUCAGUGAUUUCUUGUUUCCAACAGCUCUCGUAAUUCAUAAGCUUUUCUUCAGGCCUUCUCGGUUGGCUUGUCUUCUGCAUGUUUUGAUCAUCGUGACGGUUUAAUCACACAAUGAAACCUUUGCCUUUUAGCAGUAUAGUUGGUUUUGUACUGUACAAAAACUCAAGUGGUUCUCAUUGUUUUAACAGCUUUCAAAAGAAUGAUAUCUAAAAUAAAUUUGAUCAGGUGACCUUUUCCCCCUUGUUGAGCCAAUAUUGCAUUCAAUAGUGGUCACUUUAUUGUCUAACUAAAUUCUGGCUUGUGAUUCAAUACUAAAUCCCAUAUAAUCUACUCUUGUAUUGGUUGGAAGACAGGUUGUUCUAGAAGUGCAUUGCCUUUGAGCUGCUUUGCUUCUGCCAGUUACAUAAUAUGAGCAUUCAACAUCUCCCAUAAAUGGAGCAAAAGCAGCUCUCGAGGAUGGCUUUAAUUUCAGUACAUGUAGGUUGCCUGACAAAAAUCUCCUUAUUAACUGUAAUUUUAAUUUUUCUUCUGAAAUAAUACUCGGGUUUUUUUUAUUUUAAAGGGAGUUGCCUCUGAGGGAAUUGUAAAUAACAUGAGAAUAUUCUGAACGGUUAGCUCUUUCAAAGUUCAAAGUAAAUUUAUUAUCAAAGUACAUAUAUGUCACCAUAUACAACCAUGAGAUUCAUUUCUUUUGGCCAUAAGCGGCAAAUCUUUAAAAUAAUAACCAUAACAGAAUCAAUGAAAGACCACCCUGUUUGGGUGUUCAACCAGAGGGCAAAAGAUGACAAACUGCAAAUACAGAAAGAAAUAAAUAACAAUAAUAAAUAAACAAUAAAUAUUGAGAACCUGAAAUGACAAGUCCUUGAAAGUGAAUUGAUUGGUUAUGGAAUAUUUCCAUGAUGGGGCAAUUAAAGUUGAGUGAAGUUAUCCCCUUUCGUUCAAGAGCCUGAUGGUUGAUGAGUAGUAAGUGCUCCUGAACCUGGUGGCGUGAGUCCUGAGAAUUUUGUACCUUGCCCCUGAUGGCAGUAGUGAGAAGAGAGCAUGUCCAAGGUGGUGGGGGUCUCUGAUGACGGAUGUGCUGAAUGUAGGGAAGGGCUUUACCUGUGAUGGACUGGGCUGUAUCCAUUACUUUUUGUAGGGUUUUCCAUACAAAGGGAUUGGUGUUUCCAUACUAGGCUGUGAUGCAGCCAGUCAAUAUACUCUCCACCACACAUUGAUAGAAGUUUAUAAAAGUUUUGUAUGUCAGGCCGAAUCUUCACAAACUCUUAAGGAAGUGGCAGCACUGCCGUGCUUUCUUCAUAAUUGUACUUAUGAGCUGGCCCAGGGCAGGUCCACUGAAAUGAUAACACCGAGGAAUUUAAAGUCGCUCCUCUCCACCCUCUGAUGCCCCAAUGAAAUCUGGUUCAUGGACCUCCGGUUUCCUCUUCCUUACGUCAAUAAUCAGCUCCUUGUUCUUGCUGACAUUAAGUGAGAGGCUUUGUUAUGGCACCACUCAGCCAGAUUUUCGAUCUCCCUCCGACAUGCUGAUUCAUCACCUCCUUUGAUUAGCCUACAACAACAGUGCCUUUGACAAACUUGACACAUUUCAUUAUGUUUGCAGUUACUUCAAUUACCCUUUCAUCUUAUCAGUUAUGUUCAUUUGCAGCAUUACAAAAAUUAGAAAUAUUUGUAUCGUUAAUGUAGUUAAAUAUAACCCUGUCUAUCCUACAAGUGUGGCAACUGAAUUUGAUAUGGUAAGUGGAAGAUUGUUGUUGGUUGCACUGUGUCAUUAGGUCCACUAGGAGGGGCUCCUAUCUAGUCAAUUCCUACUACAGUUGUUGAUAUGAGGAAACUGGUGUCUGCCCCCUUCCUUUCCAGUCCUGAUGAAAGGUGUUGGCCAAAAAUGUUGUCUCUUCGUUUCCCUCCAUAGCUGCCACUUGGUCUGAGUUCCUGCAGCAUCUUGUGUGUGCUGCUUAAGAUUUCCUACAUCUACAGAACCUCUUGUCUCAAACUCAUCAGGAUACUGAAUAGUGGGCUGAUCAAUGGUAAAAGGAGUAAAUGCUGAAAAUACCCAGCAGGUCAGUUAGUAUCUGGUGGAAGAAAGAGAGGCUGUUUUGUGUUGCUGACCUUUUUUAUAACUGGCAAUAUUUAGAAUGUUGGUCAGCUUUACAUUACAAAGGAGGGAGGGAAAGGUGCAGAGAACAGCGUCUGGGCCUUAGGGUGGAAAUGAAGCAAAAAUGGAUGAUGCAGGUUGGUGUCGAAUGAGACAGGGUGAAGAAGGCUUGUUAAUAGCAGCUAAUCUGUGGAGGACAUGAAUAGAGGAACAAGAAACAAAACAUACUAAAACUGAGAUGUACAAUGUGACAGUUGCUGAAUAUUUGAAGUAGCAGAUGGUGGGAAAUCCCCACCUUUGUUGGUCAAGGAAUCCUGUCAUCUCAUGAGCUGAUGUUCUGGUGAAACACAGGAACAUAGUAAACCUACAAAUGCAGGCCCGUGAGUAGGCUGUAAUUCCACAAAGUUGUUGGGUUUGCUAUGUGUGAUCAACCCCUGGUUCCUUAAGAUUGUCAUAGCUGGGGAGGUAGUGGGGGCGAGCUCCUACUACAUAGUAAAUGCUUCCAAUGGCAUGUGCCUCAAAUUGCCUCUGACAACCAAGUCCAGCUCCUGGCCCGCACAGGUGGCUUAGCUACUAAGCCCGGCAGAACAGUUUCUACUGCUAAGAGAAGGGGCAAAGCUGGAUUGCUGGUGCCUUAAAGCCAGUUGCUUUGGGCAGAUGGGGCCUGUCAGCUGCGUUUGGCAGCUCAUCUAGGAGAAGGAAAACUCUGAUCUCAAACCUCGGCUGCCAACUCAUAGGGAAGGCUUUGGGAGUAAAGCCAGAGGGGAAAAAUCCAGAGCGAGAAUCCCUAAUGCAUGCCAAUGUUGAGUUCAAUGCUGAUUGUCAACUCCCGCGACACCUCUGGUGCCAAACUAUUAGUGGCUACCAUUCAACACACAUCAAAGUUGCUGGUGAACGCAGCAGGUCUAGGAAGAGGUACAGUCGACGUUUCAGGCCGAGACCCUUCGUCAAUAUUUCUGCCAUUUACUGCAUAUUUUACACUUACAUCUGUCUUCCAAAGUGCUUUACCAGAACUGUGCAGAAUUCCCCUUCCAAAUGAAUGGUCAGACAAUUUAGUAAAAUGAUCCGUGUUUUUUUUAAUGCUCAACAUCUGAAAUAAAGAUCUAUUACCCUUUCAAGCAAUUUAUUUCUGAUCAUAUGUCUCACUGUAUAAAAAUAGUUAUUGUGGGAAGUUUUGUUUCUGGUUUUCUGCUAACUACACCUGUGCAAAUGUUCCAGGAAGUUUCUGUGAC